GAUGGUAUUAUUAAGGGUAAAAAAAUUACAGAACUAGGGCCAUGCUCCGAAUGUGGCAAUGACAUUUUAAUAUUUCCUCUCAAGGCAUUUACAUACCUAACAUGCGGACACCUUUUUCAUAGACUCUGUAUCGAAAAAAAGCUUUUACUUACUGUUCCAAACACGUGUCCAUUCCCAGGUUGUGGAAAGAAUGUGGAAAUAUUAGAUCAAGCUAAUCCCCUUGGUACUGUUUCCAAUUUGCCGUUAACUGAUCCCAAGGAGGCCUUCCAAUCAACUGGAAUUUCACCUUUGAUGGGCGAAACAUUCAUCCUAUCUUCACCACCUAUACGGAUGGAAGGGAUCGAGGGUAUGGCAACCCAACAAGUCGAAAGUAAUUUGAGGUGCGCCAAAUGUUCUGAAGAUCUUUCUUCAUGUCUCCCACCUAUAGGCUUUCUUCGGUUCUCUCCUCAACUUCAAGGUCCCUUGAAACCACUCAUAUACUUAACCUGCAAACAUAUCAUCCAUUACAAUUGUAUCGAUAAUCUACAAAAACUAUGUCCUAUAUGUCCAUCAACUAAUAUGGAACCGGAAGAGGGAGAAGAAAUGAGUAUUGAUGGCGAAGAACAACCUGAUACCAGCAGUAAAAAACGUUCCAACGAAGGUACGGACGUCAACUCAUCUACACCCAAGAAGAAGGCAAAGAAAGCAGUUAGAAGAGAAGAUUCACCCAUUUUGAAAAAGCUUAUCAAGGAAUUGUCCGCUCCAAUUCCACAGCAAAGCUCUUCUGGUAGUAUUAUUUCUCUACAGACAUUCCCCGAUAUGGAUAUUAGCUCGGUUAAUUUUCGUGAACUAGAUAAUAAGAUCAUCAAUGCCGAAGAUGGUAAUAAAAAAACUAUUCUAGAAGUGAUUCAUGCAUAUUAUUAUUUUGGGAAAGGACCAGGACAAAGUUUCAGAGGCUAA